AUGGGCAAGCCUCCUUCACCGUCACCUCGUCCCUACCAGGAUGAUCCGGACGCGUUGUCUCUGCACACAACAGUGGGCGAGCCGUCCUACGUCGAUCCCAUCGAUGAAGAUAUCCCUGACACUGAAGACCCGCUUCUUCCCUCAUACGACGAUGCCAUUACUGAGGAUACUCACAUGAAUACACCUGCGCACUUCACUGAAGCUGCAGUGUUAAACUUUGAGGGUGAAUUUCACACGGGCGUCACCACCCCCGAAGGUCACUUUUCUUAUACCUCGAAACGUAUCGGUAAAAAGCGUACCACCAUUGGUAAUGAAGUUGUCGACGUCCAAGAUGCGCGUUCCGACGCCAAUCCUCAGUUUUUGGAAGAGUGGGUGACCAUGAUGGCAAAAUAUCCACCUACGCCGUAUAUUCAUAUCAUUGGAACUCAUCAAGAGACGAAACGCGAUAACGAUGGCAAGAGCAAACGGCAGGAAGUUACAGAUUUCAGAAUCAUGAUCAACAUGCAGAACUAUCUUUGGCCCAACUUCGUUCCUGGCAAUUAUGCCUCCACCAAGCUUGAGACUGCAGAACCCGGUCAGAAAACCUACCGCGGAACUGUUCUUAAGAAGAGGCAGAAGGGGAGCAGAGGCGAUAUCGAGGUUGGUCAAGAUAAGCCUAGCUUGAAGGAAUGGUGCCAUCGAUACUGCGCCAAAGCCACCGGAACCAAAAUAUUCCGCCUGACUCGUACUGUCAGUGGUAUGAAUGAGGAAACCCUCCGAGACAACAUUUCCGGUUUCAUUAGAUCCACCAACUAUCGAGGCAACAUCACUGUCGAAUUUCCCGUAGCCGACAGAGCGGUCGAUAUCUACUCGACCAGCCAUCUGAACAACUGGCGACUGACACGCUGGAUCUGCUGGAUAUUCUACCUUACCUUCCUUUGGAUCUUCGCAUGGCCCGUUCUGUUCUUCGCGACCAAGCGCUACGAAGUAGUCAAAGUCGACUGGGCAUUUGCUAAACGUGAGGCCGAAGGUCGGAGAAAAUUCACUACUGUCAGCGAGAGACAGUGGUUGGAUAUGUAUGGACCUGCGAUUAAGCAGCUGUGCUUGGAUCGUUACCAAGGGCUUGCAGGAGAUGCUUUUCUAAACGAAGUGUUGGCUCGGGAACCAAACCCAGUUAACACCCACGUCGAUCCCAGGGCCGCUAUGAGUGCUGCCUCUGCCGCUUUCCAGGGAGGCCGUUUCAAUGCCGCCAAUGGUGCGAGGAGUGUGAUGCGCCUUGCCGCUAUUGCGACUGAUCAGUUAUCCAGUAUAACCAUUUAUUUAUUACAGACAAGCGUUUACGAACUUGACCGUUAUAAUGACAUGGUUAAACCCUGGCUAUUGCCUUCGGAUAAUUAG